UAUGAUAUUUAUUAUAUAAAUUAAAUAGUUAAAUAGUUUUUAAUUUUGUAUAUUUUGAUGUAGAUGAAAAUAAAUUAGUAUUUUAAUAUAGUAUUAGUAUUUUGUUAGUUAAUUUAAAUUUAUUUAUUAGUAACAUUAUUAAGUUAACACUAAUUAGUAUAUGAUAAAAUGGGUGCAUUUGCCAGUCGACAAAAUGCUAGAGUAGAAGAAGUAGACAACAACUCAAAUAAUGCUUACAAAUAUCCACCAAAAUCUGGUUUGUUAGAUGUACCUUUAAAUUCAUUAAUAUUUCAAAUUUAUUUUUCGGCUCCUACAACUCAGACAAAUAUAUUAAUUAUAAUCAUAAAUAGAAUUAAAAUUCAAUAAAUUAAAAAUGAUUAAUACAUGUUCUAAAAAAUACCCAUUUGUAUGUCAUGUCAUAUUUACUCAACACUUUACCAAUGUAUAAAAAAAAAAAAAAAAAGGAAUUUAAUGAAUAUAAAUCUUACGAAAUACUUCUAUUCAGUAGCUCAACUAGGAUUCUUUGAUGGGGUCUCUGCCUAAUUCAAAUUUUAACCCAUAACUUAUUUCAGAAUAUACCAUUGGUUUUCCAUAAUUUUUCAAUUAUCAAAUGUAAAGGCAUAAUUGUUUUUGUACUUAUUUAAAUUAAAAAAAUUAUUUCGUAAUAUACUUAUUUAAAAUGUUUUUUUUUGCUUCUUCAACAUAAUUCAAAUAUUACUUAAAUAAAAAAUUAUAAUCAAAAUAAACAUCUUGCGGUUACUCAAUUAAAUAAACAUUUCUUAGUAAAAAAUCAAAUUCUAAUUUUAUCCAAUUUAACUUUUUUGUAACAUUUCCAAUAACUGCCAUAAUAAUAUUUUAAACAAUGUAUUCUGUUGAACCUUAUAAAUUAUAAUGGUAGUUGUACAUUACUAACUUAUGAUAAAUAGAAUAUGUUUUCCAAUUGUCAUUGAAUAGAAUUUCCAUUAGGUAGUAAUUAGAGUAGAUACUCUUUUCAUAUUAUUCUUAAACAAAUAUUAGGAUAAAUCUAGUUAAGCAUUCCUCGAAAUUUUGCAUUUUUUUUUGAAAACUUAUGUAUUACAAUGAUUUAAAAAUGAUGAUGUCAAAAGUUUUUUUUGGAAAUCAUUAGCUAUGAAGUAAGCUUUUCUUUUAUAGCCAUUUGAAGUUCAGAUAUUAUUGCAGUCUGAGCGAGCACAGCAAUUGAAUUACCCUGUCAGGUCUCUAGAUGCACUCAAAAUUAAUUUGUUUUUCCCUGUUACUUACCCGACAUGGUUUUGUACAACAAAAUGAGAGUUAUUUUCGAUUAAAACAGUAUGAACAAAUGCAACUUAAAUAUCUAUUAAAAUUUUUAUAACUGUCAUUAGAAACUUAAAAUUACUACUUAAUCCAUAUUUUUUUUUAACCAUCAAUUACUAAUUUAAAAUUUGUAUAUAAACCACGAAACAAAACUAAUUUUAAUCAUGAUUGAUUAAAAACACCAUAUAGUAUCUAUUAAUUAUAUAUUAUUUGUAUUUACAAUUGUUACAGGAAAUUAUUUUAGCACCCAUUUUAUAAUGGGAGGUGAAAAAUUUGAUACACCACAACCUGAAGCAUAUCUAUUUGGUGAAAAUAUGGAUCUAAAUUUUUUUAGUAAAUGCCCUACAACAGUAAGUAGGUUUAUUAUUAUUUUUUAUUUAAAUGUUAUGAACUAGUUUUGCUAUGUUCUAUAUAAAUUUUGUCAGUGGUGUCAUUUAAAGGAAUCUAACUGUAUUUCAUUUUUCUUAGAUUAAAUAUUAUAAUAACUAUAAUAUUUUAAAAUUUUGAAUUAUAAUGACCCAUUUACCUGUACUUUUUGAACGGAAUCACCUACUUUUUUAAAUUAUUACUUUUGGGUAGUAUUUACUAAUUUUAAAAUUUGGACAAUUAUGAAACAACCUUCAAUAAAAUAAAUAAAACAUGUAUUGUUUUAUGUUUAUUUAGUUUCCAUAUCCACCGCCUGAAGUGGGUGAACCUACUAAACCUUUAAAAAGUUUGGUAAAUAUUAGAAAAGAAUCGUUACGUUUUGUGCGUACUGAGGAAGGUAAAACUAUAUUCAAUAUAGAAUUUACUUUCGAUUGUGAUUCACCAUGUUCAAUUACAAUUUAUUAUUUCUGCACAGAAGAAUUUACACCUAGUGGAGUUACGUAAGUUAAAUUCAUAAGCGUUAUUUAGGUUAACAUGUAAAUUAGUUUUUAUAUUUUUUAGAAUAUAUUAAAAUUAAAAUUUUGUAUUUAUAUAAGUAGAAUAUAGGUUGAAAAGGUCCAGAAUAGAGCUUUACAGUGAAAUUACAGUUUUAUUUAUUUAUAAACAAUAUUUUAAAUUCUGAGUAAAGCGAGUUUAAUGUAGUAUUUUUUUUUUUUUUCGUAAGAAUUUUAAUUGAAUUCAUAAAUAUUACAAUGCAUUAACCAAAAUCUACUCAGAAACUUUGAUUGUUAGCAAUAGUUAAUAGUUCCAUACAGAUAUACCUUCAAUUUCCCCACAAUCUUCCAAAAUUCUCACCUACAAAAAAUUGGGUGGCCCACUUAUCAUGCAAAUUAUGUCCGUAUCUUUUUUAAAUAUUUUCGUCCUAAAUAAUCUUAAAUAAUUGUUGAUAAUUAGAAUGUAUUUAUUCAUACUAUGCAUUUAAUCUGUAUAGAUUUAAUUGUCGUGAUCCAUCAAUGACAUCUGAAGUUUACCAUUAUAAACGAGGUUCAAAUCAACAAUUUAUCCAACCAAUGCACAUAUUUGAUCCAAGUAUUUAUAGUACUGAAGACUUAAGUUACAUAUUCAAUAAAGAAGUUAUUCCAAUUGCUAUACAUUGUGUAGCUCAUGAUACUUCUGAAGGUAUAUCAAUUAUAAAUAAAUAACUUGAAUUUAAUUUUUAAUUAGUUUAUAUUUAUUAGAAACACGACAGUCACAUACUACAAUUGCAGUGGUAGAACAGUAUUCUGAUGGAUCUUACAUUUUAAAAGCUUUAAAACAAAAGUUAUUUGUUGAUGGAUUAUGUUAUUUGCUUCAAGAAAUAUAUGGCAUUGAAAACAAAAUGACAGACCUAAAAGUUUGUAUACUAUUAUUUUAUUUUAGUCAUUUAGGCAUUAUUUAAUCAUUUAUUUUUAAAGGAUUCUGGAGACGAAGAUUUAGAAGACUGUAGUUCAGAGUGUGUAAUUUGUAUGAGUGAUAUGCGAGAUACAUUAAUCUUACCAUGUCGUCACUUAUGUUUGUGUCAAUCAUGUGCAGACUCUUUAAGAUAUCAAGCUAAUAAUUGUCCAAUAUGCCGAGUGCCAUUCCGUGCUCUUUUGCAAAUUAAAGCCUUGCAAAAAACAUUGGACAAUAAUCACAGAGUAAUAUUACCAAAGUUUAAAAUAAGUUUAAAAUAAAAAUUUGUUUAUAUUCUAUGUAAACUUAUAGAUAGAUUUACGUACACCAUACGGUUAUGAAACUGUUCCUUUAAUUGAAGCUCUUAAUGGCCCAAAUUUCCGACGUUAUAGUAAUGCUGCCAAAGUUCCAAGUGAUCCGUUAUUAGAUUCUUCACCCGACAGCCAAUGUGCUGGACUCACUAUGUCCAAGUAUGUUAAAAUAAUAAUAUAAUAUAAUCAUUUUUAAUAUCUUAUAAAAGUACACACAAUAGAUCAAAUUAGAAAAUAAAUAUGUGUCUAUUAUGUUUAAAAAAAUAUAAGCUGAUAUUUUCCAUUUGAAAUACCUACUUGAAUAUUUAAAACACUGUUUAUAUAGUUUACUUUAAUAAUAUAUGAUAAUGUUAUUUCAUAUCUUAAGUAUUUUUACCGUAGAAUAUAAAUUUAAAACUAUGUUUUUCAGAAUGAGUUUAGACAGACUUUCUAGAAAAAAAUCAUUCAGUCUAGAUUCCCAAGGAGAAUCAUUAAGCCCAAGUGAUAAUUCCAUAAGUUCUAAUGUAUAUUUAACACUAUAAUUAUUUUAUCUUGUAAUUUUGUACCUAUUAAAAAAUAAUUUUGAAAUGUUGAUAUUAGGGAGCUACAUCUAUCAGUGAAAAAUCAUCAUUAAAAGAAUCUAUUAAAGAAGAAAUCAGGCCUAAAAUUGCAAUUAAAUGUAAAGAUCAAGUGAGAGUAUUUAGUGAAAAAACAAACGAGGACGAGGUACAAAUAUAUAAAAUAAUAAUUACUAUUAAUGUUUAUAUUAAUAUUUAAAAAUAACUAUUGAUUAUUGAAUGUUCAGUUAUGUACAUAAUUAUUUUUUAGACUCAAGAUGAAGAUAGUGAAGCAGAAAAAAUGUUUCCAUUACUGGAUUCUGAGAAAAUUGUUGAUAAGAAAGUUGAUCAUCCUCAAUUGGCUGUUGUUGAAAGUGAGAGCUUUAUUAUUAUAUUUUUUAAAAUAUUAAAAACUAAUUUGGUUUUAUUUUCUAGAAAAGGAAAUUAAUGUUAUACUAAAUCAUGGUGCAGAAGAUGCAGAGUGUUAUGGUGAAUGUGCUGCACGAAUGAUGGUUACACAUCAAAAUGAAAAGCCUCAGUUGUCAAUAUCACAAGUAAACAUUAUUACACGUAUUAUGUAUAAAAGUUGAAGUUUUUGACUUAGGUCAAAACAAUGAAAACCUAGUUCAUGGCUUUCAUACAUAACUUAAAUGCUUCAAUUUGAUGGCUUAAAAAUUCCAAGAAAUCUUAACAUUUCGUUUAAAUUAAUGUGUGAAUCAUCAAUCGUUGACAGAAAAUCUGAUGAUUACUGAAAGACAUUUACCAGUUAUGAAUUUCAAAAAUUUAUCCUCUCUGAAAAACGAACAAAAUUUUAGUUACUUAGAGUGUCCGCUAAUAAUAUGAUUUAUCAAUGUAUAUAUGACACCAAUAGUAGCAAAAUGUAAGAAAAUAAACAGAUAGGUUGUGUUUGUCCUGAAGAGAGAGGAAUCAGAAGCAGUAAAACUAGUAAUGAUAAAGAAGUUGUUGGAUGUAAUUUAAAGUUAUAGGAAGACACUCAUGGACAACCAGUGUAUGCGAAGUAAGAGGUCCAAUGAAGUAAAAUUUUAGAAUGAUGGUGGCUGACCCUAAAUAGCUGAGAUGAAGGAAAAAAUAAUAAGAUUGAUUAUUCUAAAACAACUUUUUUUUUGUUUUUGUUUUUAAUAGUUAACUUUUUUGAUUUUAGGAAAGAGUGUCAUUACCCAGCACUCCAAUGAGUACUGUUAGUCAGCGUUCAAGUGGUGAGAGUUAUACAUCAGUUGGUUCUUCUCGUUUGCUGUUAGCUGCUUAUGAAAAAACUACACCGGUUUAAAUUAAAAAUAAAACCAAUAUUACUUGUCAAAUUUAAUUUUGUUCUAAUUUAUGUCUAUAUGUAUCAUAAAUUAUUUAUUUUCAUAUGUUUUAUUAAAAUUAACUACCUAUGUAUUAAUAUUAAUAUUAUAUUAAACACAUUUUAAUAUAAAAUAUUAUUAAAUUAUAAUUAUUGGUAGAUGAAGUUUUAAGUUGUAACAAAAAUAUUAAGAUUAUAAUAAUAUUAUGUAAAUUGUAUUUAAAGUAUAAAAAGGUUUGCUUAUAUAAAGCUCCCAAAGAGAAUUAAAAUUGUUAAAUUAUUAUUAUAAAUUAACUGAGUAGUAUUCAGAUUGCAAAUUUUAUAUAAUUGUACUUAAAAAUAAUAUAUGAUUAAAACAUGUUCAGGUUUACCUACUGAAGUAAUAAAGUGUUCCUAGAAUCAUAUAAUAAUUAUUAAUAUAGUUGCUUAUUUUGUCUAGCAAUGUUUUAAGAUUUUUUGUUUCAAGAAAACAUGAAUAAUUAAUAUAAUAAUUGAUGAUUUUAUUAUUAUUGUGGCAUAUGACAUAAUUUUGGAUUUUACAUACAAAUUUUGAAAGUAAACUAAUUGAUAAAUAGAUAAAUUACUGAAUAUUACUGGAUAACACACAAAAAUUGUUUUUCUAUCAUCAGAAUUCUGUUUAAUUAAAAUAAAUUAUAUGUGUAACAAUAGAAAAUUGUAUACUAGUUUUGUAGUUUGAAAUAUUUGAUUAACAAGUUAACGACAUAGGAUUACUAUUCUUAAAUCAUAGUUUGUAAACAUGUGCUUAGUCAUAGUUUAAGAUAUAUUUAAACCGAAAAAUGGAUUACCAAAUAGAUAUGUAUCUACUAUAAAUCAUUUAUCUAAUAGAUGACAGAUCACCUAGAACAGGAGUCGGGAACCUGCGACUCCAGUGUUCUUUGGAAGAAACUUCAAAAUUUAGAAUGAAUUAUUGUUUUUAAUGUCCACCAAUUCCCAAUGAAAUUGUUUAAUAAAGUAUAUUAG